GCGUCAAGGCAGACUAAAUUGUGAACCAUAAUCUGAAAUAAUCAACACUGACACAAAUUAAAUUCAGAUAUUUUAAUAUAUGUUUAAACGUGCGUUAUCUACUGAUAAAGCCAGUUUACAAACUAAUCGGAUGAUACAAAUUGACGGACCGGAAAUCAUUUGAGAAAAGAUGGCGCUCUUCAUCCUGAGAAGUUGUAGAUUGCCAUUGUUACGGGGCUUUAGUCGCAUUACAAAACACGAAAACGUCUGCCCAAAGUGGUGUAUAAAAUCCCAUUUAAGUGUCCUACCGCCCGACGGGAUCGGUGGGGCGGUGGGGGUGCAGGCGUACAGCUCCGAUCGCGGUAACCACAAACCCCAUCAGAAGGUGGUGGUGGUCGGUAUUCCCAACCCGUUUAUCUGGAUCAGGACGCGGGUCUACUACUUCCUCAUCAGAACUUAUUUUGAUUCAGAGUUCAACAUCGGGGAGUUCACUGAAGGUGCUAAACAGGCUUUCUUCCAUGUUUCCAAGCUGCUCUCCCAGUGUCAGUUUGCAGCUCUGGAGGGUUUGGUGGCCAGUGACUUAAUCGGAAAGCUGGAGGAGAAGUGCAGCCUUCUCCCACCGAGCCACAAGAUGGCGCUGUCCGCCCUGCCGGAUGAGCUCAUGUACACCACGCCUGGGGACGUGGGAAUCUACUACGACGACAAGGGUAGAAGGUUUGUGAGUAUUUUGAUGCGUUUCUGGUACCUGACCAGCGCGCAUCUUCCCGACGAACCUGUGGAGGGAACUCGUAUCUUCCAGGUGGCCAUCGGCGGAGAGGGCGAGGCCGAGAGCAAGAGGCUGCUAACCGCGAACUACGAAUUUCAAAGGGAGUUUACCAAAGGGGUUGUGCCGGACUGGACCAUUACGCGGAUAGAGCACUCCAAGAUUUUAGAUUGAGGCACAAUGAAAGAAAAUCCUCUGGAAGUUCCUGGAGGAAAAAAAAAACAAAACUGAACUGUAUAUUGAAUGAAUUCAAAACAUGCUGCGUACCGUCUGCAGGGUUUCAGAACCAUGUCAUGUAUGUUCUACAAUGAUUUGUAGAUGUAGUUCACAUUUCCACUCAUAAAGUGAUACUUUUAAUUUAACCUUUAAGAAAUGUAUAGGUGUGUGUGUGUCUUGCACAUAGUCAAUUUUGUUGACCCAUCUGAAAAAAAAAAAAAAAAAAUCGGAUAAUAUUGAUGUUUUUAAUACUUGUUCUGAAAGUCUGUGUGUAUGUCAUUUCAAUUUCUACUUGUAAAAUUAUCGCCUUGAUAUAGCCAUUGUGAAAUGUUAAGACUCCCGUAAUUCCCGGCCUACAGAGCACACCUUCUUACAAGCCUCACCGAGUACAUUUGUAAAGGAAAUACCAUUUGGUACAUACAUACGGCGCAGCUGUGUAAAUGCCACAAGUGCCCAAGUUGAAACACGAGAUAUUUACAAAGACCGUACACAGAAAGAGUUUAACAGUAGCGCCUAUCUAAUGCUAACAGGACCGGUUAAAAUAAAACUUACCGGUAAAUAUCACUGGGACAUGCCAGUAUCACAGCAGCAACUUGCUAGCACAGUGCUAACAGGGCCGGUAAAAGUCACUUCCUCGACACAUAUAUUCCACUGGUCUCAUUCUUACCUUUUCUGCUCGAGUACGCCGUUGCGGCCGUUAGAGAAAAAUGCACAAAUUAGCUGCAGAAACCGCAGGGUUGAAAGCAUGUGAAAAAAGUUGCGGCUUGUACGCCGGAAAUUACUGUAGUUGGUCUUGACAACUUGGAGAUUGACCUACGGUUAUGUUUUCAGCUACGUUUGAUGAGAUUUACAUUUUAAACGCGUGUUCUAGAAGGCUUUUUAGUUGUUGCGUGAUUCUGUUGAUGAAUCACGUGAAUGACUGAAGUUAGUGGUCUCACUGAAAAGACGGCAAGCUUUUAGGAUUCAAUUGAAUCUUGAGAGUCAGGGUUGCAAAGUCUCAAAACAUUGUGGACUCCGAUGAUUCCAAUAAAAGUGGACUCAGUUGAUUCAGUUAAAACACGCCUACUGACUCAAGAGACUGUUAACCCAAAACACAGGGAACUGGGAUGAUUCAAAUGACUGAGUCAACUCAUCGUAAAAAUCUGAAUUAUUUCUUCAUGGUGCAAUUGAUGCUUCUUGUAGAAUCAGAUGACUGACCGACCGAGUUAGGCAGCUCACCAGGAAACUUCAAAGUUCCGGCCAAUGUUGAACACUUAGAUGAUUCAAUUGAACCAGACAACUCGGCUAACUGGCUGUAAAUGUAGGGUUUCAAAUCACAGUAAAUAACUGGUGAAACAGGUUUGCUCGCAGAUAUGGUAUUUACAUGAGCUAUGAUGAUAAUCAUUCUUUGUCAUAGUGGUUUAUUGACACACUGCACAAUUUAAAUGUUUCUAAGCGAACGUAAGCGGAUGACUCACUACCCACAAAAGCAAAGACCUGCAAAGCAACUCACUCAGACGCUAACACCCACUAUGACAAAAGGUAAAUGUGGGAAACGGGCACCCACGGCAUCACUUUUAAGCAGGUUAUAAUGUUUGUUUGUUUUUGUAUAUUCAUGACAUGCAGUG